UAUGGGCACAAAGGAUAGUGAUUUAUCUAUUAAUCUCAUUUCUGCGUACAAUCCUGACUUUGUAAUUCAUAAUGGGGAUUUUGCAUAUGAUAUGCAUGAUAAUGAAGGAAAAGUUGGAGAUGAAUUUCUCGGACAAAUACAGAAAGUUGCUUCUAAAAUCCCUUACGUUGUUAACAUUGGAAAUCAUGAUGUCAUUUACAGUUCUCAUUAUCGCACAAAAUUUGCUACGCCAUCUGGAGUUUGGCCUACACCUAAAAAGUCUAUGUGGUACUCUUUUGAUGUUGGUCAGAUCCACUUCAUAGCUUACAGCAGUGAAACCUUUUACACCGGUUCACAAACCGGUCAUUGUUCCCAGUAUGACUGGUUGAAAAAAGACUUGGAGAAAGCUAAUAGGAAUAGAAAGCUUCGACCGUGGAUUAUUGCAUUCGCACACAGACCCAUGUAUUGCUCUGCAUUUGAUUUUGAUGACUGUACCACAGGAAAUUCUCUUGUAAAGCAAGCUUUUGAGAAAUUAUUUUAUGCCUAUGGUGUAGAUAUAAUAGUUGAGUCUCAUGAGCAUAUGUACGAACGAACCUAUCCUGUUUUUGACGGCAUUAUGGUUCAGAAUAACUAUAUUGAUCCGAAAGCCCCUAUUCAUUUUAUUACUGGUGCAGGUGGGUCACGAGAGGGUCGUCAAUUGGCAAUAGAUCUAUUCAGACGUGAAUGGAGUGCUUUCAUCUAUAGAUCACAUUUUACAGUCAGUCACUUUCAGGCUGUUAAUUCGAGCCAUAUUUAUUGGAAACAAAUUAGAUCAACAGAUAAUAAGACAAUUGAUAAAAUUACAAUUGUCCAAAAUUAUCAUGGACCUUUCAACGAAUCUAUGCAUUCAGCCUUGUUCUGUACUAGAAUUGUUUUAUACAUACCACCACUAACAGUAUUUAUUUUAUGUUUUGCAGUAACCUUUUUACUCUGUUUGAGCGCAAUUGUAUUUUAUUGUCCUAAACGUGACAAAUCAAAACGACUAACUAAUUAUUUCGGGUAUGACAAUCGUUUUUACCUAAGAGAUGAUUACGAAUAA